UAUUCGCGCAUGCGCACCUGCGCAGACAACUGACCUUCUUCGUGCGGCCUCGUCUUGCUGCAGACGAGGACAUUGGUGAACUGUCAAACUCAUUCUGAUUAGUUUUGGUGCCGUAUAAUUCGCACCAUGCCCGGUGUGGUUGAGCUUCCGACGUUGCAGGAACUGAACGUCGAAGAGGUCAAUGUAUCAUCAGCUGUACUGAAGGCUGCUGCUCAUCACUAUGGCUCUCAAUGUGACAAGGCCAACAAAGAGUUCAUGCUGUGCCGCUGGGAGGAGAAGGACCCCAGAAAGUGUCUGAAAGAAGGGAAGAAAGUCAAUGAGUGUGCAGUCAACUUCUUCAGGCAGAUAAAGGGAAACUGUGCAGAGUCCUUCACAGAGUACUGGACCUGCCUGGAUUACUCUAACCUGGCGGAGCUGCGCCACUGCCGUAAGCAGCAGAAGGAGUUUGACACCUGUGUGUUGGAGAAGCUGGGCUGGGAGAGGCCUGACCUAGGAGAUCUGUCCAAAGUGACCAAGGUGGCAACCUCUCGACCCGUGCCUGAAAACCCCUACCAUUCAAGACCAAGACCUGAGCCCAACACUCCCAUUGAGGCUGAGCUACAGCCAUCCAAGCACGGCAGCCGCUUGUUCUUCUGGAACUGGUAAAAAGGGCCAAUCGCUGUCCUAUAAAUAUCAUGUUCUCUAUGCUCCUGACCAGUGUGCCAGUGGUUGCGCUGUUAUCCUAACGUAUUGUGUAGAAAUGUUAAUAAAUUUUGUGCACUCGAAACAUGUUAUCGAAUUAAAAAAGAUUUAAUUUAAA